AUGGCAACGGGUCACAUAAACAUUCAUUUUAAAUCACUUACAAACCCCCAAGAAAAUUACGUAGCAGAUUAUGAAUUUAACGAUGACGAUCAAGACAUCACAAUCAUACCUAUAUUAUUUAACGAUGCCCUUGCUCUCUGGUGUCACAACCAUCUCGAAGCAUUUGUCAAAAUAUCCAUCGACGAUUUAUGGUCUCGAUUUGCAGAUAUGUGUACAACGUACGCAAUUCCCACACACCUGGCAAAUAAAAUAACCAACGCUAUCAAUUAUAUAGAGCGUCACAAAGACCAAUACGUAGGCAUUUCCGUAAUCAUCUAAGCAAUGGCGAGAACUAAGAAAAUACCGCGGCGACAAAAAUUUGUAUUAAAUUUACUACGUCAGACAGACACGUAGAAAACGUAAACCCCGAUCACAAAGUAUUCGAAAAUCUCAACAAUGUGUAAGCAAUACACAAAAAGAUGUACGUUGUCGUAAACGAACAGCGCAUACAGAAAAAUGUUGGAUUCAUCUAGCGAAGCAAAAUAAUUUACGCAUUAAACCCUCCAAUGUGGCGGGUGCUGGCAAGGGAUUAUUUGCGUGGAAAAAACCCAUCACACGGGGAAAAUUGAUUUCAAAAUAUACCGGGCGUAAAUUAAGCAAAAAAGAAUUGGAUAAAAAAUAUGGGGACGGUGUUGCAAAAUAUGCCGUAUGUAAUAAACGAGGGCGAUGCGUUGAUGCCACAUACACCACAGACGCAGCGGCACGUUUUGUUAACGAUAGUCGGGGUACAUCUUUUCAAAACAAUGCCAAAAUAAAGGGCAAUCAAAUGUUUAAAUUAAAAGCGACUAAGAAAAUACCCGCCAACCAAGAAAUAUUUACUUCGUACGGAAACGAAUAUUGGGAAUAA